AUGUUUCACCUAAGUCUCUUCAUUUUUACCGCCUUUGUCAUUGUUUUGAUGGCAAAGUUGUACAAAUUCGCCAUGGGCAACACCGAUGAGCAUGCCACCGAAAACGAACCGUAUGUGUUUAAAGUCUUCAAGUACAUCAAAGUGGAAUCCAACACGAUACAACAACAGCAACCGUUGGCGAGAUCCGGACAUCGCAUCGUCGCAGACAGCAAGUAUUUGUACUCGUUUGGUGGCUACAAUCCACAAAUACCCGCUGAUUAUCAGCGUCGUCGCGAGGAUGAAGAUUUUCCAUUGUUUCAAGAGUUGUGGAAGUUUAAUUUCGCCUCCAGGGAGUGGAGUUUGUUUAGUAUUUGUGGAACUUUACCUUUGGAGUUAGCUUCCAAUGCGGUUGUUAGAUUGGGGAGUUAUUUAAUGGUUUAUGGAGGAACAGGAUCUCCGUUUGGGACACGAUGCAGCAAUUCGUUGUAUUUGUGUUCGUUAAAAGACGACACCAGUAAAAUGAUGGAGAUCAAUACCACUGGACAGUUACCAAUACCUCAGUAUGGACAGGCUUUAGUUUAUCACAAUAAUUAUUUAUACACGAUUGGUGGGACGACAGGAUAUGCGUACUCUUGUGAUAUUCAUAGAUUAAACUUAACAACCCGUGUCUGGGAGCAAGUCUACAUAUGUCAGGGAAACAAAGAGCACGAACCACCUGGACGCUACCGACACGAAGUGGCCUUCACCGGUACUGAUGUGUACAUCCUAGGCGGCGGCACCGCCGAAGUCGCCUACGAUUUUAAAGAGUUACCAGUCUUCAACCUCGAAAAACGCGAAUGGCGCUCAGUCAGAACCCACCCGGACGCAAAUACGCCACAUUAUGGUCUCCCAAAAGGCCGUCGGUGUCAUGGCGCUGUGCAAAAUGACCAAGAAGUGUUCAUUUGCGGCGGCAGUGACGGCACUGAAAUCUUCACCGAUUUAUGGCGACUGGAUCUCAGGACAAGCGUAUGGACACGAAUAGACACGUGUAUAUUACCGAAUCCGACAUAUUUUCAUUCGACUGCGGUUACCCCCGAGGGUAAAUUAGUCAUUUUUGGUGGAAUCAUCUCGCAAAUGGGGCAGAUCAAACGCAAUAAUUGGGUGUACACGACAUGGCUGCGGAUACCCAAGCUGAGCGAGAUGUGCUUCGAGGCGUUGUUGCAUUAUCGACCAGUAUUGACCAAGUAUAACAACGAUGAGUUGAUCAGCAUUGGCAUGCCACGGCAUUUCAUCCAUCGUUUACAGCAGUGACAUAUCUUACAAUUUCGAAUUUGACUGUAGACUGCACUUGAAUUAUAUGAUUAUGAUAAUUUGAAGGAAAUAAUAUAAUAUAACAAGUUGCAAUGUCACAAUUGAUACAAGGCGUUUCUUGUAAUGCGUAAAUUGUUUGUGUUUUAAAAGCAUUGUGUACAGUUUUAUCAUUCUGCAUUCAUUAAAACAGUAAACAAUGUUAAAUAUUGAAA